AUAAUUUACAAAUGUUUUAGCAUUUUUAUUUUAGUGUAAUUUAAAACCAUAUAAUUAUAAGUAAGGUUGAGUCCAAGGGUAGGAUAUGGUUCUAAAGUACACUAAAAAUAUAUAUGUAUAUAUAUAUAUAUUAGUUAUAAAAAAUGUUAAAAGCUAUUGAUAUUGUAAAUUAUAUUUUGUUAAAAAAUAUUUCUUCGCUUUAAGCGCGGAUCAUAGUCUAGGUUAUAUUAAAUAGGAAAAUUAUUUUAGAUAUUAUUUAAUUUUGAUUUUAAUUACUUCAACCCGUUUCAUUACUAAGUUUUAAUAAAAUAUAUGUAAUUGUUUUGGCUAAAUUUGUGAUAUAUACUUAUUUGAUAAAUUUUUAAUUAUAAAACCUGUUUGAUGUUAAUUUAUUAACUCUAACAUUUUAUUUGUAAAACCUAUUUGAUUUAACUUAAACCAAGCAUAAUCUCGCAUAUAUAGUUAUAUGUUCUGAAGAAUAAAAAUGAUUUAAAAAUAAGAAUCUAAAAAAUAAACUAAUAUUUAUUAAGUUUAAAGAAAUGUGAUUUUUUUAUGAAAAUACAAAAAAUAGUCUAUUAAUUUAAUUAAUUUCAUAUUAAAUGAUUUUUCUAUGUAUCUAAACCCUCAAAAAUAGUUAUAUUUAUUUUUAACUUCUAUAAAAUAUUUGAGUAAUUUUAAAUCAAAUAAUUUAAAAGAAGAUAAAAAAAUUAUUAAAAAUGUACGACAUUAUGUUUUAUAUUGUUUGGACAUAAGAUUAGUUAUUGUAUUGUUUGGAAAUAAAUUUAUUAAUAUAAUGUUACUAUGAUUAGAAGAGUGAAUUUAACUACAGUAUAACCUUUUUAAAUUAAUAAUCUAUAAAUUAAUAUACACUAAAAACUUCUAUAAAAUAAUAUAAUUUUAUAGUUCCAAAUUAAGUUUUUGGUUCAAUUAAUAUAUUGAUAAAUUAAUAACUUCUAUAAAUUAAUAAAAAAUAUAGUUUUGGUGUAGUCCCAAUAUUACUAAUUGAUAGAGGUUUUACUGUAUAUAAUAAAAUAGUGUAUUUAAUUUAAAAUUUUACAAAAGAAAGGUUAGAUCCGAUGGUUGGAUUCUGUUUUAAUAAAAGAGAAGUGUUUAGAGAUUUGUUUCUAGAGCAGGGCAUGUUCCAGCUUAGUAAACCUGAUGAUACAUUAAACUGAAGAAGCAUUUUAUCUAACAUAGACCCAGAGACCAAUUCGGAAAAAGCCACAUGAACUCAUCAACGCGUGACAUAUAACUGCAGUUACGUUAAAUUUGAAAUUCCUUAGAAAAUUUGUAUCAUAAAAUUUUUCUUGUGUAUGUUACUAAGUAUGUCAUUUUUAAUAUUGUGAACAUAUAAUCAAAUUCAAGUUAUGCAUAUAUUCAUUUCUUGAAAGCUAUAUUCAAUUUUUAAUUAAAUUAUUUUCCAUCCAAUAAAAAUCAUAGAACAAAUUAAUUCAACCAAAAAAGAAAAAAAAUUAGAAAGAUCUUAAUAGGUAGAUUACUAUUAAUGUUUGCAUGCAAGAAAGUUUGGGGUUAUAAUUUCAUAAAUAAUCUAUGCAUAUAAAUUAACGGAGAACAAUUUAUAAGAAAUUUUAGCAAUGGGCAAGUAAAAUCAUCAAAUUUUAUAGAACGUCUAAGAUAAUGCAAAUAAAACCAUAAGAAUUUUUUUCAUAGUUUAUAUAAUCGUAAUAUAUAUUUUUUUAAACAAUAAUAAAUUAGUAUCAAAAAUCCUAGAGUUUUUAGUAACCAGAUCAUCAAGUCCUAUAAGCCAUUAAUUUCUUCAUUAAAAAAUUACUAAAACUAAAUUUGGUAACAUAUUAAAAUAUGAAAUUGACCUAGUAAAAGUGGAUUAGCCCCGAUCAUAUGAUUUUGGAAACGGAGGAGAGGAAGAGAAAAAGAAGAUAGGAAUGAUUCCGACUGAUAUGGUGCGGUGGGUUAAAAUAAACGGCUAAUAUGAAAGACAGAAUACAAUCCGACGGCUAUUAAUUCAUCAUUCACUUAAAAAUGAAACUCUUCUGAACCCGGGAAAAUGUAAACCCCGAGUACAUACAUGCGCAUUGUAGCGAACCAUCAUUGAUAUUUCCGAAAAUACCCUCCGAUCAACCAUUGAUUUACAAUCUUCCUCCUUCCCCCGUAUAUAUAAACAAAGCUUUGGCCAUUCUCUGACGGUAUCCUUAACAAAAGCCGAGAAAAAAAAACCUCACCGCCGGUAAAAUUUUCCGGCGAUCUUGGAAAGAGUCGAGAAAGCCAGGGAAAGAGAAAGAGAUUGAAUCGGUUCUAGAGUGCACCGAUCAAUGGUAUUUCGCGGUGAGAUGACGACGACGACGACGAGACCGGAGCGACCCAAGACUCUCCAUAACUUCACGCUCCCGAGCUUGAAGUGGGGGAGUCAGCGACAUCUCACGUGCACGAAGAUCGAAUCUACGAGCAGCGGAAGCGGUUCCGGCGAUCCCCGUCUCCGACGCCGAUCUCCGCCUCUGAGAUUCUCUGAUUCCUCCGUCGCGAUCCCCGCCUCCGGCGAGUCUGAACAUCGGAGCAGGAGCAGCAACAGAAACAGCCAGCAUCGCCGGCCGAGGAACGCGCCGUUGAAAUCUGUGGAUGACGGCGGCGAGGAGGAGGAAGAGGAAGGGAUCGAGGAGUUCAGGGUGAAGAUCAUGUCGGAUCUGAAGACGGUGAGGGAUAAGAUCACGCAAUCGAUGUAUGCUCUCGGGGAGCGAGACGAAGAACAACGGAGAACCGAUGGCUCCGGCUCCGGUCAGGAGGAGAAAGAGGUUUCUCCGGUGAAGCCGUGGAAUCUGAGGAAACGAAGAGCGGCGUGCAAGGAACCAGCUGAGGGGAGGAUAGUGAAUCCGUCGCCGCCGCCGUCGAGAAACGACCCGACGAGGGUUGUGAAGGAGAGAUGCGGAGCGGUGGAAGCCGAGACGGCGGCGAAGGAGAUGAUGGUGCGGCCCAAGUUUUUCGUGAAGCUGUCGAAGAAGGAAAUCGAGGAGGAUUUCAUGGCGGUUGUGGGUCACCGACCACCGCGCCGGCCUAAGAAGCGGCCAAGGACCGUUCAGAAAAAGCUCGAUAGCUUGCAUCCUGCGUUUUAUUUGACUGAAGUGACGCUUGAUGAUUAUAAGGUGGAAGAAACCAAGAGAUGAUGAUGAUGAAUGAUGAUUGUGUAACUCAGUUGCCGUUGAAGUUUCAAGGAGUUGUCAAAUAUUUGAAAAAUUGGAUAAAGUCUUGAAGCUGCUUUUCGUUUUCUCAGUGAUUCUUCGUUCUUCUCAAGUUGUUCUGAAUAAACUGUACAAAAAAGCUAUGGAGAACGUGUAGGUUCCUGUUGAUUAAAUUUACAUAAUGAAGUUUCAUUUCACAAAAAAAUCUCAGACCAAGAAACAAUAGCUUCAUAGAUGUUUUAAAUGCUGUUAAGUACCUUUUUUCUCUUUGAAUUUUGAGCGUUCUCUCUAGAUCUCAGAUUUAUCACAUGCUUCAUCUAUCGCUUAGCACCGACAGAGGAAACAAAAAUGUUUUGUGAGAUAUCUAGGAACAGCUUGAUGUGUGUCAGUGUGAAGGAAGAAGAGAGUUUCCUGGCUCAAUGUUCUUUGAGUCUGUGCAAGGUGUUUCCUUUAGCUUCUAUGCUUGGAUGAAACGCAGAUCGUUAAACUUGAAAAAGGCUGCAAGUGUAUUUUAUUUUGAUUCCUAGGACAAGUUGAGAGUACCAAUUGGUUUUG